CAAGAUUUGACUUUGUCAUCGCCUGUCAGUUCUUUUUCAUUCAUUCCUUUUAAUCACUUCGAAAUUUUCUCGUUUCAUUCUUUACCCCCAUUUCAUCACAAACUCUAAAAUUUUUACCGUUAAAAAAUGGCUACCUCAAUUAAGCUCGAUCAACAGUUCAUAAAUUUCGCGAAAUUCGGCGACACAAAAGCGGACGGAAAAACGAUCACCCUCACCCAGAUCGAUAAAUGGUUUAAACAAGCCCAAGUGUUUGACAAAAAACUAACUACCACCGAUACGGGAAUCGCUUUCAAUAAAUUUAAAUCAAAAACCAUCACUUUCCAAAACUUCAUCGCUUUCAUUGAAGAUUUAGCGGGCCAAAAGAAAAUUGAACCGGACCAGAUCAAGCAGAAACUUAUGGACUGUGGACCUCCUGGUAUGAAUAAAGCUACUACUGCUGUACAUACUGGUGCAGUAGAUAGGUUAACUGAUACAUCCAAGUAUACUGGUGCUCAUAAGGAAAGAUUUGAUGCCAGUGGCAAGGGUAAGGGUAUUGAGGGUAGGGAGGAUAUAGCCGAUGACUCUGGAUAUGUUGCUGGAUACAAAAAUAAAGACACGUAUGAUUCGAAAUAGGAUUUUGGAUAGAGAUGUAAUAAAAUCAAGUUUUCAGGAAAUCAAAAAUUUUCAGUUUUUUUAGUAGAUCGAAAUAUAUAGUGUGGAUGCUAUUUUCAAAAAUUAA